UUCUCUGACACCAUGUUCAGUACAUUCGUCCGACGAUUGCCAAGAUCUACAGCAGCCAUUGGACCUCUCACCAAAUGUUUACAAAGUGAAAGACAAAUGUCGUACAAAAUUCGACAAAUGCAACAUAAGGAUUUACCAGCUGUAAAUAAAAUUCUGGAGAGUGAAAAAUGGGUGAUGGAGAAGGCGUACACAGAAUGUGCCUUCAAAACGGACCCAACAGGAUUCUUUGUGGCCGAGAAAGAUGACGGAGAAAUUAUAGGUUCACAUGGAUAUCUCUCUCAUACCAAAGACGUAGCUACGAUGGGGUUAUGGAUGGUGAAGAAAGAAUACAGAAAUUCCAAUGUCGGAUUACAAUUAUACGGAAAAGUCCACCAGGCCGUUGGCAGCAGUAAUCUGGGAACAUUUGUGUGGCCAUAUUACCAAGAGAAGAUCAAAGAGGAGCACGGCGUCAAGCCAAACAAGGCUUAUAUGACGUGGUACAAUUACGGCCACAUAGAUCAACGGACAUGUGAGAACAAGGGCAAAGAGGAUUUCACUGUGGUUCCUAUAGGACAGUCCAAUCUGUCCGAUGUGUUAAAUUACGAUACAGAUAUUCACAAAGUAGCUAGAAAGGAUUACAUGAGGAAUUGGAUAGACCAUGAUAAGUCCAGGACCUAUGUAGCCAUGCGCGAUGGAAAGGUGUGUGGGUACGGUGUUUUGAGAUCCCAAGAUUCCUACAAUCAGAUCGCUCCUUUAUAUGCUGAUGAUAAAAAAGUUGCGAAAGGUUUAUUUCGUCAUCUGGCAAGUGAAGUUCCCUCAGGAGAGAAAGUCGGGUUUUCUAGUCCAUUUGAAAACUCGUCUGCUACAGAGUUCGCGGCUGUGAAUAAAAUGAUGAAACCAGGGAUUCCUCUAAUCAUGAUCUACAAGGAUGAUCCUGUCGACGUGGACAUUGACAAAGUGUACGCCGUAUCAUCUAAUUCAUUUGGUACAUGUUAGACAGAAUGAGAUGUAUUAGUGUUGUGUUUAUGUGUUACAUAUCCAAGACAAGAAGGAAAUACAAACUAGUAUAGUUGUUCUUUAGUGUGGAAGUCCGUUCAGGAAAUGUCUGGUCUAAACCGCCGCCAUUUAACCUUUACAUAAUCUUCUUGCUGAUAUAUUAAGCCUCAGGGAUGUAAAUAGGUUGUGAAAGUAUAUUAACAUUAUACAUCACCAUGUUAUUUAAUAUAAAUGUCUAUCAUAUCAUAGGUUGUUUUAUUUGUUGUAAAUGUAACAUAACAUGGAUUGUUUAUUUCUAUAUAAUAAAGAAGAUUUAUUUGUUGUA